AUGCCGAAGCUGGUCACGGACUUUGUCAAGUUUACAUUCUUAUCCGUUGUGUACAUGUGCUGUGCAGUGCUCUAUAUUACAAGAUGCAGCUUGACCGCUGUCGACAUCAUUGUCCUCGUGCUGACGUGGGUCAAGUCGUUCAAGCAGUUUAAGGACAUGCGCCGUCUUGGUCUCAAAUUUUCUAUCUCAGCUGUGCUGCUCCGAGACGGCACCCUUUAUUUUAUCGUUCUGCUAGCUUUCAACAUUUGGGAUAUCCUCACAUACUCCAAUAGCAAUUUCGCUGAAGGCAACUACGCAAUCAACUUCACAGGAUAUCUCCCUCCAUUGCUGGUGCAGCGCUUCAUCCUCAAUCUCCGUCAACUCGACUACGCCGCAAAUGAAAGUAGCUCGGAUGCACAGCACUCCUCUCACUUCUCUGUCAGAUUCGGAGUGCCUUCAGACUUUCUCGGGAAUAUUGGCGAGCCUCUGGACCACGGCCAAUCGGAGCGAGUUGAGGGCGAUGAUAAUGACGAAAGCUGCGCAGUAGAAGAGUCACGGAACGGACCUGAAGUGGUUUUCGCACUACACCAGUCGGGUCUGCGGCACGACCCGAUAGAACCCGACACCGCUCAAGUGCUGCGGUCUGCAGAACGUGCAAGUGAAGAGGACACCAUCGAGUCGUCUGCCCACCCACGUGUAAUGGUGGCCGGCCCGGGAUCUUCCACGUCUGCCUAUUAG